AUGGCAGAUGUUGUUGAAUCCGAAAGUUCACAAGAUAACAAAAUUAAGGAAACUGCUACAGAAGAGACUCAAAUAGAGGUUUUGCAGACCACAUCUGCUCUUGAAGGGUUAUCCGUCUCCAGCGGCACAACUUCUCGAGCAGCAGCAGCGGGAGGCAGUACUACAACAUCAACCGAUCCAAAAAAACGACAACUUCCACACCCAGAGAAAUCGUUUGCAGUGCAAAUAAAUUCGUUUGGCGAGACGUCAGUAUUCACUUGGAGUGAAAUAGCCACACCGGAAAUAGUUGGGCCACAUGACGUUAUUGUCAAAGUGGUGAAUUCGUCGAUUAAUCCGAUUGAUUGGAAAGUGAGAAAAGGGUUUAUGCAGGUUUUGGAGAAACCGACGUUUCCCCAUGUUUUGGGCAGGGAUUUUUCUGGUGUCGUUGUAGCUAAGGGAAACAGUGUAAAUCGAUUCUUCCUCAAUGAUAAAGUUUUUGGCGCAGUACCUUAUGGAGCAUAUGCGCA